AUGUCGCUGCUUGGCAGACUUUUUGGCGGCGGCGGCAAGGCAAGCAGCGAAGAAAAGAAGCAACGACAAGCGGAGCCGGCCAUGAGCUCGUCGCGUGUCUCCAGGCGCGCAGACAUUUGUGUCGUCGAUAUCAACCCCGAGUAUGCGGCUACAGGGACGCCCAAGCAUCCCCCGGUGCCGCGGGGAUUCUUCAACAGGAACACAAAGGAGCUCCUACUGUUGCGGCGAGAUGAACAGGGCGUGGUGCAGUGGCACCCUAAUACGAUACCCGAUUUCAUCCACCUGUUCGAGGGUGGCGACGCUGAUGCAGGGCACGUUCUCACCCUGGUUCCUGAGCCGACAGUCACCGAGGCACUUUUUUCCCUGUUUUGGGGAUUCUGGACGUUGUGGGACAUCGAGAGGGCCAAUCCGAACGACGCUGCAUCCUGCGCCCGUGAAGCUCACCAGCUGCUGGAGGAGCUGCAGGUGUUGAUUGACAGAGACCUCACAAAGGAGCCCAGGCAUGCCGAGCUGAAUGAUCUGCUGUCUAAGCAGGGCGGCACAGCAAGGUGUCAAGAGGGCGAUGUCUCAAGGACAAAGUGGACUCAGUGGCCUGUUAGUGUGCCUAAAGCGUAUCCACAUUCCGGACAAGAAAUUUGGCAGGCAGUACAAUGCGAAGAGUAUGUGGUGUUUUUGGAAAACCGAACUGACAGAGGGCUUACAGAAGUGGUGAUCCUGGGGCUAGGGCCUUCGGAACGAAAAUGGCAAGUCGUUUCUGCGCAGUUGGAUUGGCGCAUUCUUCCUCCUGAGCGUCAGCAACAGGUGUGCGGGAAAAGCAUCAAAGAGAUCAUGAGGAUUCGAGGCCACUUGGGUGAUGACAGAAAUGUGCUAUCAGAAGUUGAUCGGUUGAUAUGGAAGGUCGUUUUCAAGCUGCUUUUAGGAGCCAAAAAGCUGGUGGAUUCUUUGGCUUGCCCUCCAUUGGAGUACUUGCUGGCCCCAGCAGCAUCUUUCACAAAUGUCGGAAGAGACAGCAAACUGUUGGAAGAAAGGCGGCAGACCCACAAGGCGCAGGUGGAGGAUCUGAAUCGGCGCAAUGAAGACCUGAUGCACGAGGCAAAGGACCUCAAAGCAAGCCUUGCGAGUGUGGAGAAUGAGAGAAACAAGGCGGUGAUGGACAACAAUGAGCUUCGGCGCAAUUUGUCACUCCUGCAACAGAGAGAGAACAUUUCAGGGACUGGUGACUUCCCCCUGGAGGCUGACACAGUAAAGUACGUCAAAAAGGCGACAGAUGCAUUCGAAGCCCUGUACUUCCGGGGCCAUAGGCGCAGCGUGAAGGGCUUCAAUUUGUCAACAUGCCAAGUGGAGUUGUCUGUGGAGGUAACAUUAAUGCUGCAGGAGAUAAGGAAAGGUGUGCAGAGUCGAUACGAUGCGAUUUUGGAGGCCAUGCUCGCGAGCCUGGAAGGAACGGAGACUCCAGAGAAUGCAAGCAAGAUGACCAGAUCGUUCUUUGAGCUCUACUGUCGGAACCACUGGAAACAACUGUUUCUUGGCAGCAGGGCACAAAAGCAGAGCGAAGCACAGCCUGAGGACAACACAUGGGCUGCUGAUGCCUUCAAGAGCUACUGCGAAUCUACAAAUUUGCCCAACUCGUUGCUUCUCGACAUGGCAUGGCAGUCUAUGUCCACGAAGGGAAAGUUACAGGAGAGCUUCGUCCCUUUUGAAAGCUAUCUGUGGAAAGCCUUCAAAGGGUUCUGGGAUGCAAGUGUCGUUAUGUACUUGCACAGACCGAAGUUCGAGUUUGACUUUGACAGCCCACCGGCGAUGGUGGACUACAAUUUGAAGCUGCACAGCAUCAUGGAUGGUGCCUGCAACAAAGGAGAAAAGGCUAUUGUCAUUUUCCCUGCAGUUAUCCGCGUCCUGGCAGACUCCGAGAAAGAGAUAUCUGCAGUUGCGCGUGUAGUGCCCAAGCAAGAUAAAGGCUCCACGAAAGGGGCUGCGAUGCCUGACUGGCCAAAAAUUCCUUGCUACCAACGGGAUGCAGCAAAGGGAGCUUCAGGGAGCGAUUCAAAGGGUGCCGUUACUACCCAUCCAGUACCGACGAAUGGGGAAGAUGCAGACAAUGCAGAACACAAGAAUCUUCCAGGAAGCGCUGGCGACACAAGCGCUGAGGCCAAGAGGGAUGAUGAGGUAUUAGCUCAAAAUCUUGAGGGAAAAAGCAGCCAGGACCAAGACUCAAAGCACGAUGGCGCUGAGACAGGAGGUCCGCCAGAAGCGAAUCCCACAGCUCCAGGCGGCACGACAGAAGGCACACCAAAUGUGCCUCACACGGUCCCAGACAGCAACGCAGGUAACGAGACCAAAAAGCCAGCUCUCAAGAGAAAGGACAGUUCCAAGAAAAAGAUCAAGCCAUGA